CGUGUUAAAGACCUAAAGUGCUCGCUCGCUCGCUUGCGCGCGCGCUCUCAGUGUCAUGGGGCUCUGCUGAGGCACGGGGACGGAAGCCAUGGUUUUCGAGCCUCUCUCUCUCUCUAAAGGCGUGGGCUUGCGCUUUUGUCCCCCAGCUUUUUCCCCAAAUCUCGAUCCGCGGCAGCGAAUCCGUCCACCACCAACUCCUCCCUUGUUUCUUCUCUCUCUCUCUCUCUGAGUGACAAGACUGGCGUGCGCAGGGCUUGGGCAGCAGCACCUGGUUGGAGGCCGGCGAGGAUCCCGGUGCCUAAUUGGGGUCGGAGGGGGGACUAGGGUUCGGAGAGUGAGAGCAUCAUCAUGGCCUGAUGAGGCCUAUCCGAGGGGAAUUAGGGCCUCCUCCGUUCACCGAUUUGACCACUCCCAGAACUGGAGAUCGAGGCGAUUCGGUUUCCCGGAUCUCAUAAUUCCCUAGCAGGGCUUUUUAGGGUUUUUCAUUAGGGGGUUAAUUUCAACAUGGAUAAGAAAACUGCGUCUAAAAUUAUGCGUGAAACGCGUUGGUAUUUGGAGAGCCGGGAAUCGCGUUUUUAACCAGGGGGAGUACAGUGUGGGUCCGCACUAGAUGGACGGUUGCGAUUUGCUUCCUGUGGGACCCGCGGUUUAUUUUCAGGUGUGGUGGAUCGGCGGAGGUGGGUAGAGUUAACGAGAGCCGGGUAGGUUGGGUUUUCCCCCAAGUUCUUGUUAGUUUAGGGCUAAAAGAAGGGAGAGGGAAAGGGAGAGGGAGAUGGGGGAGGAGGAGAGGGAGACGAUAAGGGCAGCGUCGGAGGAGGUCUCGCGGCAGUUCAAAACACUAAUUAAUGGCGAGGAGGUCGAAUCCGUGAAGCAACUCCAACAUCUCAUAUUGGGAAGACUGCAAGAUAGUAAUGCAGUCUUGGCACAUUUUAAUGAGUACUCAGAGCGAUGUUAUGCUGAGGUAUCUGGUGACUUUGCAGGAAAUACUCAGCUUUUAAAGUCUAUAAAGUCUGAUCUAGACCACAUUUUUACAAAAUUAAGGAUAUCUGCAGUUGUAAUUUGUUUGCGUUUGUGUCCGUGCAUAUGCUAAUUUGUUGGGCUAUUUGAGCUGCAGAAGCAUGAAAGCAAAGCUAAAAGCAACAUAUCCUGAUGCCUUUCCUGAUGGUUCGACAACAGAUGGGGUAGACCAAAGACCUGACCUCGAGAUACCUCUGCAAUAGGUAUUUGUACCUGUUAUAUCAGGGAUUAGAAUUUCAUGGCUUCUGCGGUAAUUUGUCUUGGGGAGAGAGAAGAGAUGUGUCUUUCCAGGGUUUUAUUGUAUUGGAACAUGCAAGGCACAUGAGCCUGAGUAUGCUGGUGGGCAUUCAAUAGAUCUUUGAGCUUAAUGGGUGCUCCAAGCUUUCCAAUGCAGUUUCUGUUACGCUGGAAGAUGUAAUGACGUAGAGAUAUCAAUGACUUCAUGGUAUUGCGGUGCAUUGAUUGACAAAUGAGAAAAAGUGUUUUCCAACUUCUGCUCUGAAUGUCAUUGAAUCCUUAGAUGCGAAGACUGAAUUUAUGAGCUCUAGUUUAUGCCUUUUCAGAAGAA